AUGUUCGGAAUCCCUGUGACGGACGACAACGUUGACCUUCAUUCGACCAUCCAUCCAUUUUCGGCGCAUGCAGAUCUCAUUCGAAAGGCUACUGCCAUCAUAUGGGAUGAAUUGCAUAUGGCAAAUAAAGCCGCUUUGGAAUGUGUUGACAAAUUGUGCCAGCGAAUCAUAUAA